ACAAGUGGCCCAUUACCAUCGCCCAAUCAAACUCUGCCACGUACCAAUAUUUCCAACCUUUUAAUUUUUUUAAUCUUUUCAAUCGCCUUUUUAUGAUCAUAUCUUCUUCUUCCCCAAGAAUAUCCAGAAAAGUAGGGAACCCAAAAAUGGCUACUUCACUCUCAUCUUAUCUUCUUCUCUGUUCUCUGUUCAUCCUCUCUUUUAUAUCUUUAACACAAUCUAUCGAUGAUCAAACGAAGACGUAUAUCAUCCACGCUUCCAAAUCUCACAAACCUAACACGUUUUCCACUCAUCACCACUGGUAUUCAUCCGUUCUCCAGUCAGUUUCAUCAUCAAACCAACAAUCUGACAUCAUCUACACGUACGAACGCUCGGUCAACGGUUUCUCCGCUAGGUUGACCCGAUCACAAGCCUCUCAACUCCGUCGUCUUCCCAGCAUACUCUCUGUAAUUCCAGAUCGCCGGAGAACGCUUCACACAACUCACACACCUAACUUUUUAGGUUUAGCUGAUACUUUCGGCCUCUGGCCUAACGCUGAGUACGGAGAUGAUGUUAUUGUUGGAGUACUUGACACCGGAAUCUGGCCGGAACGACCUAGUUUCUCCGAUGAAGGUCUUCCACCGGUUCCAUCAACCUGGAAAGGCAGUUGUGAAGUCACUCCGGAUUUUCCGGCAACGGCGUGUAACCGUAAGAUUAUCGGUGCUAAGGCGUAUUACAGAGGAUAUACGGCUAGUUUAAACGGACGGUUGAAUGAAACUAACGGUAGUCUAUCUCCUAGGGAUACUGAAGGUCAUGGAACUCAUACGGCUUCUACGGCUGCUGGUGCGGUGGUGAAGGAUGCCGGAUUUUUUGACUUUGCUACCGGUGAAGCUAGAGGUAUGGCGAUUAAGGCUAGAAUUGCUGUUUACAAGAUCUGUUGGAGUGCAGGUUGUUACGAUUCCGAUAUACUUGCUGCUAUGGAUCAAGCGAUUGAUGACGGUGUACACAUCAUCUCGUUAUCAGUUGGAUCUAGCGGUUACGCUCCUCAGUAUUAUCGUGAUUCGAUUGCUAUUGGAGCUUUUGGAGCGAUGCAACACGGUAUUCUGACGUCAUGUUCGGCAGGAAACUCCGGUCCAGGUGCUUAUACAGCUGUCAACAUCGCUCCGUGGAUUUUCACAAUCGGAGCUUCUACUAUUGACAGAGAGUUUCCGGCGGAUGUUGUUCUUGGCGACGGUAGAGUUUACGGCGGCGUAUCGUUGUACUCCGGUGACGGACUCGGAGAAGUUCAGUAUCCGUUAGUUUACGCAGCGGAUUGCGGUGAUCGGUACUGUUAUUCCGGCAGACUAAACGCCUCACUUGUCGCCGGAAAAAUCGUGAUCUGCGACCGUGGAGGUAACGCUAGGGUUGAAAAAGGAGCCGCCGUGAGAGAAGCCGGAGGCGUCGGAAUGAUCCACACGAAUUUAGACGAAAACGGUGAAGAAUUACUAGCUGAUGCUCAUCUCUGUCCAGCAACUAUGCUCGGUGCAGCUGCCGGAGAUAAAGUCAAAGAGUAUUUGAAAUCAGAUCCGUCACCAACGGCCACGAUUGUGUUUAGAGGAACGGUUAUUGGAACUUCACCGUCGGCGCCACGUGUGGCGUCGUUCUCCAGCCGUGGACCUAACUACCGUACGGCGGAGAUUCUAAAACCUGACGUCAUUGCUCCUGGUGUAAAUAUCUUAGCCGGUUGGACCGGGUACACUAGCCCGACCAGUUUGGAUUCGGACUCAAGACGGGUCGAUUUCAAUAUCAUAUCCGGAACUUCAAUGUCGUGUCCUCACGUGAGUGGGUUAUGCGCUUUGUUACGUAAGGCCCAUCCCACGUGGUCCCCAGCUGCAAUAAAAUCUGCGUUAAUGACAACCGCUAAGUAUUUGGACAAUAUCGGAGAGAAUAUUACGGAUCUUGCCACUGGGGUUGAAUCCACACCGUUUGUUCAUGGAUCCGGACACGUGGACCCGAACCGAGCGCUUAACCCAGGGUUGGUGUAUGAUGUUGGGGUGGAUGAUUACGUGGCAUUCCUUUGUGCCAUUGGAUAUGAUUCGAGUAAAAUUGCUACUUUUGUGAAAGAUCCAGUGGAUUGCAGUGUAGGGAAGUUGAGUAGUCCUGGGGAUCUAAACUACCCGUCUUUUUCAGUGGUGUUUGAUUCUAAAAACAGCGGCGUUGUGAAGUAUAAGAGGGUGGUGAAGAAUGUGGGUGAUGUGGAUUGUGUUUAUGAGGUGAGUGUGAGUUCUCCGCCCGGUGUGGAGGUGGUUGUGUCGCCAGAGAAGCUUGAGUUUAGUGAAGAGAAGACAGAGGCUGAGUAUGAGAUUACUUUCACCUCCAGUGGUGGCGGUUCGCAGGCGUUUGGUGCAAUUGAGUGGAGUGAUAAGGUGCAUAGUGUAAGAAGCCCUAUCGCGGUUGUAUGGAGUUCGAAUCCAUGGGAUAUGACCAUGUAAUUUACCAAUUUAGGCAUUGUGUUGAUUAAAAGCUGGCAUCUGGCUCACACGAGGGAUAAACUCAUGUUGGUGUUUUUCUUUUAGUUUAAGUUGGGUUAUGAUCAUAAUAAUAUUGUAUCAAUUUCUCUCUUGUUGUAAAAAUAGUAGCACAAGUUCAAGAAGAAUGUCAGUUUACGGUUUGUUUUCUUAAUAUUUCAAGAAUGUACAAACCGUGUGUAAUGUUAUGGCCUUGUACCGACAAAAACUGUUUAUUUUUCUUAUAAAGUUCUCGGAUUUGUUUUUG